AUGUUCUCAGUCUCUGGGCUAAUCUGCAUCGACUCAGCCCACAUCCUUCAUAAUGAUGAAGUGAUGGUUAGAGAGGAGAAGAUCAAUGCUCUCCUUAAAGCAGCCAGUGUAAAUGAUGAACCUUUCUCAUCAGGCUUGUUUGCAAAGGCUCUGAUCAAUGUCAACAACAGGAGCCUCAUCGGCAAUGUAGGGGCUGGUGGACCUGCCCCAGCAGGAGGUCCUGCCCCCUCCACAACUGCCUCAGCUGAUGAGAAGAAAGCGGAAGCAAAGGAAUAAGAAUUUAAGGAGUCUGAUGAUGACAUUGGCUUUGGUCUUUUUUACUAAACCUCUUUCGUAAUAUGUUUGAUAAAA